GCGCUUACCCGGAAAUAGUUGUGUCGACCCAGAUGUCUUACAUCCUGACUAUUUGAUAACAAACGCGACAUUAUCUUAUCCGAACAAAACAACCAUGUAAUAGUAAAUACUCACGUCGCAAGCGUGCUUUGCGUGACUACGCAGAAACUAAGCAUCUAUUUGGGGAGAAAUUGAGGAUAGAAAACAAUAAGUACGUCUUUUUCCUUUCCUUCUUGCUUUUUUUAAUCGAUGGACAUUUUGUUUUCUGUUGCGCCGCACGCACCGUUAUCGUUUUCCACUCCAUCGCUACCGCAAUUGGGCAUGGACACAUAACGUGUUUGCAUUACAAAUAAGUCCAUCAAAAGAGCGUGCCUCGGGCGGGGGGAAUUGUAACCUUCAGGGCCUUGUGCUGUAACUGUAUACGUUGUUUAAAAAAAAAAAGCUCACAACAUGAGCUUCUUCAAUUUCGGACAAAGUGCGGAGAUCGAUGUGGUGCUCAACGACGCAGAGACGAGGAAGAAAGCAGAGCACAAGACGGAGGAUGGCAAGAAGGACAAGUAUUUCCUCUUCUACGACGGAGAGACCGUCAGCGGCAGAGUCAACGUCACACUCAAGAGCCCCGGAAAGAGGCUGGAGCACCAGGGCAUCAAGAUAGAAUUUGUCGGACAGAUUGAGCUGUAUUACGACAGAGGGAACCACCAUGAGUUUGUGUCCCUGGUAAAAGACUUGGCGAGGCCCGGUGAGAUGACCCAGUCGCAGACGUUCGACUUUGAGUUCACUCAUGUGGAAAAGCCGUACGAGUCCUACACGGGCCAGAAUGUCAAACUCAGGUACUUCCUGCGUGCGACUGUGAUCCGAAGACUUAACGACAUCAGCAAAGAGUUGGACAUUGUGGUGCAUACACUGAGCACUUAUCCCGAACUCAACUCCUCCAUUAAAAUGGAAGUCGGCAUCGAGGACUGUCUCCACAUUGAGUUUGAGUACAAUAAGUCCAAAUACCACCUGAAAGACGUCAUUGUGGGGAAAAUCUACUUCCUGCUGGUGAGGAUUAAAAUAAAGCACAUGGAGAUAGACAUUAUUAAGCGGGAGACGACCGGAACGGGCCCCAGUGUGUACCACGAAAACGACACCAUCGCCAAGUAUGAGAUUAUGGACGGAGCACCAGUCAGGGGCGAGUCCAUCCCCAUCCGGCUCUUCCUGGCUGGCUAUGACCUGACUCCCACGAUGCGAGACAUCAACAAGAAGUUCUCGGUGCGCUACUACCUAAAUCUGGUGCUGAUCGACGAGGAGGAGAGACGCUACUUUAAACAGCAGGAAAUUACACUAUGGCGGAAAGGCGACGUGGUGAGGAAGAGCAUGUCCCACCAGGCCGCCAUCGCCUCCCAGCGCUACGAGGGCUCGGCUGCCUCGGAGAGUGCAUUGGAGCAGUGUGCCAAGGAGGACAACGGAUAUGAGCCUCGCCUUCGACUGGACCGGGGGUCUCCGUGAGGCCACGUCCGUCCCAGGGAAGAGGACUAAGGGAGACUGGACUAGAUUUAUUCCUCCUUGCUUUGUUGUUUUUUGUUUCUCGACAGAAAUCAAAGUAAAUCAGCUAUUAUAAUUCCUGGGACUUUCACGCUAACGCCAUUCAGUGUGUACUUAAUGGUUUAAUGGCGAACUAAUUUCGAACUUUGAACAAGCAACAUUCCAAUUAUGAAGAACUCCGAAAUGUGAAAUGCAAGCAGGUGUUGUCCGAGGAGUGUGGAUGUGUAAAUAAGAGCGGUUCAAGUCAGCAUUCCGGCAGUAUUAUUUGCCUGCCACAGUGUUUAGUUUGGUUAGACACAUGCAAGUGUCUUCCUGCCUCUACACAUGAAUUUAUGUCUUUUAAAGCAGAGAAGAGUUAAGUUAGAGCUAUUUAGAUCUUUUUGCAAAGCGCUUAUGACUGAUUCAUUGUCCCCAAAUUGACAAAUAAAUUGAUGCCAAAUGAGAAAAAAAAAA